AUGACAGUUCAAUUGAAAUGGCCCAUAUUGGGAGUGAUUAUUCCUUGUGUAAUCAUUUUUUCAUUAUCGUAUGGAUCACAUUAUUUUAUUCUUCAACACCAUCUAACAAUAAAACAACAAUUGAUUUAUGAAUUUUAUGCAACUAUGAUAUGGAUAUCUUAUUUAUUUGCAAUAUAUACCAAUCCAGGAAGAGUCCCAACAAAUUAUAAACCGUCAUCUCCAUCUACAAGAAUUGAAGAAACCGGCAAUGACUCCGAAGGUUUAGGUUUAGAAUCUAGAGAAGAUGAAACCCUAAUAACAGAAGAACCAAUUAGUGGAGAUAGAUGUGAAUGGAUAAGAUAUUGUAAAAAAUGUAAUAAUUAUAAACCACCAAGGAGUCAUCAUUGUAAAAUUUGUAAACAAUGUGUUUUACAAAUGGAUCAUCAUUGCCCUUGGACAAUGAAUUGUGUUGGGAAUAAUAAUUUACCACAUUUUAUGAGAUUUCUUGGAUGGGUCAUAUGGGGUACAGGGUAUUUAAUGAUUCAAUUAAUUAAAUUAAUUAUCAAUUAUUAUGAAAAUCUGAAUAUGCCACAUUAUUUAUUCAAUAAGACAGAAUUAGUAGCAAUAAUUGUUAUUACUCCAAUAAAUUUGUUUGUUUUUGCCACAAUAUUGGUGUUGUUUAUUCGAUGUUUGAUUAAUAUAUGUAAGGGGAUGACUCAAAUAGAAAUAUGGGAAUGGGAAAGAUUAGAACUUCAAUGGUCGAGUAAAAGAUUAUGGAGAUUAAUUCGAUUCAAUUAUAGAAAGUUACAUAAUGAUAAACCAUUUCCUAAAUUGAGUACUUGGACUAAUACCAUCAAUAAUGGCGAUUAUGGCGAUGAUGUUGAUGUUGAUGAUGUUGAUGAUGUUGAUGUUGAGUUAACUAAUUUAUCUUCCAACAAUGAGGAACCAAUAGUACCACAAAAUUUUACUAUUGAUGAUUUGAUAUUUCCUUAUGAUUUAGGAAUAUGGAAAAAUUUAAUAAAUGCUAUGAAUUAUCCUUAUAUGUGGUUAAUACCAUUUGCUAAACCUAAAAGUAAUGGAUAUCAACCAGAAAUAUCCCAAGAUUAUUUACAAGAUGAUCAAUUGAAUUUACCUUGGCCUCCUGAUGGUAUUAGACAACAAGAAAUUGAAAUUAAUGUACUACAUCAACAGCAUAGCCAGGGUAACGAAGAAGAUGAAGAACUACGUAGUAUCAGGAAUUAUCAAGAAUUGAGAAGAAGAUUAGAUCCUAGAUUGAAUGUUAAACGUACAGAUUUUGUCAAUGAUAUGGGAGAAGGAUUAACUGAUUUUGGUGUUGAUGAAGAUAGUGAUUGA